CACUACCGACCGAGCGUGAGCGCGCGCACCCGUAAACAAACAUUUAAAAUUCGAACGAUCUUCUUUUUAAAUUUUUAAAUUAAUUUCCUUAAUCCUCUUUACGUGUCAUUUAAUUUUGUGCCAGUGUCGUGUAUCGAUGUGAAUGUGAUAUUGUCAUGUGAUACCGAUGUGUGCUGCUGUCACUGGAGACUGAUUGAUUGGAAAACAAACGACGAUCGGUCUGCUACACAACCCAGUUGCGAAUCUGGCAUGACAUCUAACUGGGAAACAUGACGAGAAAAUUCCUCUUUUGUUUUCCCCUGCGGGCAGGAAAUAUCGUCUUUGGAUACAUUGUUAUUACGAUAUGCAUAGCGGUGAUCGGCUACAACCUAUACGAGCUAGGUCUCACUCUCAUCUCGCACGAGAACGAGCAUGACGACCGCUUCAGAAACUUCGAGAACCUUGAGAGCAUCUUCGGGACCUCGAAGACAGAGCUGGUCCGGACCGUCAGCAUGGCGUAUAGCAUCAGCUACAUCAGUAUAGGACUCGCGCUAUUACUGUUUGCUGUUUUAUUCACUUGCGGUGCUUAUAAGGCCAACCAGUGCUUAGUGAGCACUUUCUUCGUGUAUAGUUUCUUCCACCUGUUCUUCAGCGUGGCGCUGAUCGUGUGGGAGGCGCUGUCCGCCGGCUGGAUACAGCUGGGGCUCAUUGCACUCUUUGAUUUUCUCCUGAUAGUUUGCCUGUUCAGCGUAAAGUAUCUCAUGGAGGCAAUCCGCACUGGUCACAUCUACAGCCGCCCCGGGGAAGUGCUCUACAAGUAUUGACAUUAAUAAGAUACACGUUAUAGAACAAUAAGAGAGACAUCUUCUUAAAAUUUAAGCAACUAACGCCCGUAUUCACAAACAUUACUAUGAGGUCUCACAGUGCGCGUAGACGCACACACACACGAACCAAUCACAGAGCUCUAUUCAACGCUUCACUUAUGCAAGCAUCGUUUGUGAAUACGGACGUAAGAACGUCCAAUGAUGAGAACUUCUGCAUGGUUAUUAUCAAACAAAAUACCUUCCAACGCGUACUUAAUUGAAAUUACACAAAACUUUUAGAUCCGCUAACUGAUUUUAGUAAGUGAGUACCUAGAGACCAAGAAAAACACAGUUUGAUUCGAUUUUAGUGGAAAAGUGCUCAUUGCAGCAUCUUGUAUCAAAUGUUUUGAUAACUGUUUGCGAUUUCAAAAUAAAUGUUAUUUUUUAGGGUUAAGUAGGUACUCUAAGUCUCUAACAUCGCGGAACAUCACUCUACAUAGUAGUGCUUAGUUUACUUCCAGUUGAUAGAACAGAAUAAUUUAUCCUAAUUACCAUAAACCUUGUUAGAAAACUUACCAUAUCAAUUAUUCCUAUCUGUGAUGAUAUCCUUAUGUAUAGAUGAAACUAUUUUGUAUUUUUUAUACUUGUUUAUCACUAUGCUAAUAUUAUUUGUAUGUAAGUAAUUAUAGGGAAAGAACAUCACGUGUUGAUUGCACAUUCCAAUUGAAAAACAAACCCAAUAAAAAAUAAAUAUUGUAUCGUAUAAAAGUGCAUGUUCUUGCCAUUAUUGUUGAACAAUUUCGUCUCGAAUUAAAGUGUUAGAUUAAUUAUACUUAUUACUUACAAAGAAUUGAAUUAUAUUUAUAAAUCUAAACAUAUUUUUAAGUGGUCAUUAUU